CUGUACCCAGCCAUUACGACUUACUUCAGUCCAAUCAAACAUUUCCGAAACAUCUUUUUCUCCGAAUGAAAAAGUAUAUAAUUAAUCUUUUCGAUCCCCCUGCUGGCGUGGGAAAAUAUAACUGUAAUUUAAAGGAGUCUGGUACCAAGUUUCAUGACAAUUGCCGGAGAAGAGCGCUUGGAACAUCAGAAAUUUGGAACAUCAGGAAUUAUUCGUGUUCUUUGUCGUCGCUGAUUCAACUGAAGCAUGUCUCACAAUGCUUCAAAUUGCCUCAAAUUUUGCAUCGCGGAUGUAAGUGCGAAACUGUAUUUGUGCAAAGUUGCUUGUGUAAAUUUCUAAAAAAUGGUAAGAGGCUGGAAAAGUGUUUUUUACAUACUCUAGAUCAGUUAAAACCAUAACUAUCUACUUACAAUCAUGUCUAUUGGUGAAAUUUGUACUUCCCAUUUUACCGUGCCUAGGUACAUAAGUUUAGCACUACAGAUAUCAUUUGAUCAUUUCUUAAUCACACUUUUAUUGACUGUAAGUACACCUGCAAACUUUCCCCUGUUCUGACACCUUCCCAGUGGCCGCCUUACACCAUCUUCAAGACGUGGAGUCCGCCCUACAAGGUGGCCGGAAGUACGGUGGACGUCGUCAACAUCAUAGCCGAAAAACUGGGAAUUUGCUACACCGUCGUUCGAGCCAGCGACAACGACUGGGGAACCGCCCUGCCCAACGGGUCCUGGAGCGGCACCCUCGGCAUGCUCAACCGCGGGGAAGCGGACAUGUCGGCUGUGGUGUAUUCGGUGACGGACAAAAGAAAGCAGGCGGUCGACUUCAGCGAGCCAGUGCACGUCGACGAGCUGACAAUAGGUUAUCUUCGGCCUGUCUUGGAGUCCGAUAUGGCGGGGUUUGUUAAGCCUUAUACCUUAUCGAUGUGGGGCGUCCUGUUAGCCGCAAUCCUAAUAGCAUGUGCAGUCCUCUCCUGCCUUCAGAAUGCCUACGACGCCAUCAGGCCUAGUGAUGAGAGGGAGGGUGCUGCAACGGCUUCCCAUCUGGAGAACCUGAAAUCCUCAACCUUGUGGGUGUUUUCUAUCCUGCUCGCCCAAUCCAAUUCCUGGGAGGUGAAAGCGCGCUUCUUGGCCGGCGUUUGGCUGCUCAUGGUGUUCGUCGUGGCCACGGUCUACCGCUCGAACCUCAUGGCCAUGCUCAUCUCGCCCAAAGUCAAGCUGCCCUUCGACAGUCUCGAGGAACUUAGCCUCACCGACAUCACCGUCUGGGCGCCCACCGGGAGCCUCUUCCACGAUGCGAUGAACGAAGCGGCUCCCGAUACUCCAUUGGCCAGCGUUAGGAAGCAGGUCUCCCUCUCUAAUUUCAGUCCAAACGUGAUGUUCGAUUUCUUCGCGGGUAAGUGGGGCUUGACUUCAAUGCGUGGGACGCUGAUCUACUACCUGAAUCUUGGCUUUUCAAAGUACGGAUUUUGCAAACAUUACGUGAUGUCAAAGGGAUUCUUCAGGACAACAUCACUAAGCCUUGCAUUCCCCAAAAAUUCAACACUUAAACCUAAAGUGGAUAAAAUCAUCCUUCGCCUUCGUGAGUCCGGGAUCAUCGAGCACCUUUUUCGGUCGCGAGUCUCCAAUGCCACCGAGUGUCUCAAGCCGGUCGGUGUGGAGAGCAGCAGUGUAGAGAGACCCUUAGAACUCGGUGAUUUCUAUGGAGUUUUCAUUGUUUACGUUGUCGGAAUCGCCUUGGCAAGUCUCUCCUUCCUGUUGGAGUUCGUAGUAGCCUGCGGAAGAACUACAAGCCAAACUGAAUGAAAACUUCGGAGGUGUGAUGAAAUUUACACAGAACAAUGAAACCAACAAAACGCAUUUAAGGCUACGAACCUUCCAAAAUAUUAUACACUUUACUUUUUGAGUAGUUGCCACAUAUAACUUCACAAAUCCUGUUUUAUUAGUAUAUACAGUAGUCGGCAUGUACUUCCUGUACCAAGCAGUGCUGACAGUAGUUUAAAGACAGUGUUUUAUAUGAGACUUGUGUCUUACACUUUUAGUUUUGUUUCUUUAUGCUUAGAAGUUUAGAACUACUUGAAUAAUGGUGAUUCUUGACAAAAUGUAUUGGUUAUUCAUAAUAGAUUUAUGAUACACCUCUAUUAAGUUUUCUUCUUGGUCUAGAUCUCUGUCUACAUUUCCUGUUUUCCAUUCCAUUAUGGGAUGGUAGAUAUUGAUGGGUAUUCUUUUUUAAAUUCCUUAUUAUGGUUUGUAUUUGCUUAUUGAUAUUCUCUGAUCACAGUGUUAUCAUGCAAUAAAGGAUAUUGAAUGGCAGCAUCAUACUGAAUAUAAUUUUUCACCCCCAAUCUUUUAUUGUUAAGUGCUUUUUACGUAGAGCUAUCGGUCUUUCUAAUAUAUUUAUGUCCAAAGCUUAAUUGAUAUUUACAGUAUUCUAUCAAAUGUUCUUGAAUUCCAAAAAUUAUUUACGGUAUAUGUUUUAGAUAAAUGUGCUAGACAUCAAAGUUCAUUUGACAUUAUGAAUUUUAAAAAGAUAACCAGUUUAUAGCAAGAUAGGGGAAAUGCUCGAAGAACAUGUCUACACAGUGAGGUUUGUAUGUUUCUUGCACACUAAAUAUUCUCAUUCCUGAUUUUUUUUUUCUUAACUUUCAACUUCAUGCUUUUUGUAGCAAAAAAAUUCUCAUUUCAGUGACAUACUUUUAAAAAAAUGUAGAUCGUCCUGAAAUAUAUUUUGCCACUUACAAAUAAAGGAAGCACCAUAUGAAGUCUUAAAAAUGUAACCAGUGUGUGACUUUCAUAAAAUGCAUCAAAUGUUUAAGGAAUCUAAAAUAAAUAAAAAUUCUUUAUCUCUAAGUUUAUUCUCUCUAAAAAUACAGAAGCAGGUGGACAGAGAUAAUAAAAUAAUACUAAAUCUGAGCAAAAGCCAUAAAAAUGUGUUCUAGCUACACAAUCAACUUCUGAUAAAAGAAAAUUAGCACCACUAUUGUGGGUCUCCAUAAAAAGGUACAAGUUGAAAUUGGAAAAUCAAGAUGUCAUCAAAUUACAUUUUAAAAGAAUAAAGAGCUACAAAUCAGCAUAGAAUACAUUUCUAUGACCUUAGACACAAAUGAUACAAAUCACGAGAUCAUUUUUUUUUUUUUUUUUUUUUACUUUUCUUAAUGAAGGGAAAAAUUGUGAAAUUCAAAAUCCUCCAAAAAUGGGGAGCUGGGCUUAUUUGCAGUGCACACUGGAGUAGGCAGGGUAUAGAGAAAAAAAUAACAGUGAUAUUUUUUAUUAGUAACAAUAAAAAUUAGAAAACAAUAUACCUAUGUCACCCCCCCCUCCCAAGAAAAAAAAAAAAAAAAAAAAAAAAAGAAUAAAGCUUUGAAAGCUAUUUUUCAAUUCUCUGCUUGGCAGUGAAUAAAUUGGGUAACAACCCACAACCUAAAACCUCUGCCUGCUCCAGGGAACUUUGUACAUGUCAUAAAAAAAAAA